CCAUGGUAAUUCCUAUCAAUGUUUCCUGCUAGGUGCGUAACCUUAGGGUAAAUAGCACUCAAUACGGUAGUGCACGGCCCCUUGCUAUUUGUCCUCGUUACGCUGGAAUAGUGCCCUCUUAGCGUUUUUUUGCUGGGAAGCAUGGCCCAGGUUGCCGCUUUGCUGGUCGCCACCUCCUCAGGGCGAGGAUUGGCAGAGGAACUUACAGCUCACGGCAGCUACACAUCGCUUGUCGAGGGCCCGGAUGGAGUGCCUAAGGUCCUGUUGGGCGUCAACGGGCAACCAGUCCUGAAUCACUGGCUGGCUGCCAUGGCACAGUGUUCGCGGCUACAACCCUUGGAUCAAAAGGUCUUCAUCCUCUGCAACGAAGUCAACGUGGAUGCCGUACGCGCCUGGGCAUCCGAGCCCGCCUUCUCAGGCGGCGGCUUCCCCCUAGAAAACAUCCUCACAAACGGCGCAGACGACAGCCUCGGCCUGGCCGCUGACGUCGCGUCCUUCCUAGCCGCCGCACCGCCCUCCGUCUCCGGGCGCAGCCUCUUGGUCGCCGAGGCCGACGCGCUGUGCGGCCCCUGCUUCGGCGUUGCCCGCCUUGUAGAACACGCGGUGGUCCGCGGCAAGGACACCGUCAUAUACAUGGCUGCUCCCGAGGGCAUGUCGCUCGAGGGGCAUGCAGUAGUGGGACUGGAAGACCCGCGUACGGCGGCUCAGUCGGCGUCUCAACGUGUGGUCGGGCUGGAUGCGGAGCCCUGCGGCGCAGUAGAUGCCGCGACACUGACGCCCGUGCUGGCGCCGGUGGCCAUGCUUCGGCCAGAGGCGUUGGAGCGGCUGGUGAAGACGGUGGAGACGGGCGCCGCGUCGUACAGUUCGCGAAUGGGGGGCCUUAUCGCGGCGUUGCAGCCUGGCAACAUUGCGCAUCCCUCCAUGUACGCCAUGCCACUGGACUGCUUCUUCCGCCUCACAGAUGCUUACAACGUCGCGCUCACCUCCAACUUCUACGCCUACUACGCUGCUGAGAAGGCGGGCUUCAAAGGCGAUGCGGCGCGCGCGUUGGAGGCGUCGCGGCGGCUAGCGCAGCUGCAUGAGGCUCGCACGGCAGCGGGCGGCUCGGCAGCGGCGGGAGUACGACUCAUGGCGGAAGUGGAGGCGGCGCGGCCGCCUGAGCCCUGCGUGGAUAAGGAGCUUCGAAAAGUUUUCCGCGGGUUCUGGGAUGGGUGGCUGCGAGGUGACCGGCACCAUGACCUCGCAGCCAUGGCAGGCCGCGGCAUCACGGGUGCCUCGGUGUUGCUGGGCGGCAGCGGCGGCGGAAUGGGGCACAGCGGUGGCGGCGUGAAGGCAGGCAGCACCAUGCCACUGCGCUUUGCGGAUGCCACGACGCGGCGUCAUGGGGCGAAGGAGCAGCACGCGGUGUACACCACAACGAACAACACGUACGGGCUAAAGCCGCCCUCGCAGGUUGACAUGCCGCUGACCUACACGGCCGCCUCGCAGCACUUCACCAAGUCCUUCCCCGUCACGGCGCCUAAGAGCAGCAGCCUGGUGACGGCGGUGACCAAGUCCAAGGUGCACAAGGCACUGGAUGACUUUUAGGCUGCGGAUGGUUUCAGGGUGAUUUGCAUGCGGGACGAACUUGGGCCGGCAGGUCCUAAGCUGCAGCCCUGAAUUCUGCAACUGGUGCAGGGCUCUGGUGCAGGCUUACGGCACCAGCGUUUGCUGGACGUGGUUCCCUCAUAGUAAUUGUAACCGACUGUACAGACUUGUCCAUGCGUUUGCGAUUUAUGGCGCCUGCGGGUGGAGGUAGGAGGCUGGUCGUCGCAGAGAACCUCCCUAAUAUAGGAAUAGCCGUUAGGAUACUGGUAACAAGUGUAUCUGUGGGCUGUCACAAUGGCACACUCCUUUGAGCUUGGACACCAGUAUAUUGCUGCUUCUCUGCGCUCUAGAUAGGCAUAAGCAACUAAUGCAUGGAACGUGGAAGGCUGUAAUGCUUGGGUAGGCGAGGAGGACGGUGACUGGUGACUCGGGUCUGUUACCAAGACCCAGCUGCCGGGAGGGCAGCUGCAGCGCUGGUCCUGGGGUGCACCGCGCGUGCGUUUCGUCAAUAGCCCGUAGCUACAUUGCCAAGGGCUAAGUAAAGCCGCAUGCACGGCGAGGCGGCUUGGUCUCCAUCCGAUACCUUGUUUCUGACUUCGGCCUGCGAUGUUCGCAGCAUUGAUGCUAGUACGGCAACGGAUGCCUCCUGCUGGAUGACCCCAGCUGCACGUGUGCAUCAAGGCACCGGUCAUCAACACAGUCGUAGUUGAUUGCAAGAUGACGUUCAUGGACUUGUUUCUCGUCCGUUGUGGUGCACGACGUUACGAUCACGUUGUCGUACACUUGGUGAGGGCAGAGGGGGAUGUGCAUGCUCCUUAUUCGCAUGUGCGGUUUGACUUGAGAAGGGUCAGCAUUAAUGCCCAGCAUGGCGUCACAAGUGGGGUGUAUACAAAGCAGCUGGAAAGUAGUUACAUGGUACCGGUAUGUGCCACUCUCUUGCCAAGGUUGCCGCUUAGUAACUAGCAUGGGUACCGCAUUCCAGGUAACUAUGCAUGGUACUUUAUGACCGGUCCUGAGCUAUGUGCAAGCCACAUUGACGACCGUUAUGAAACAUUAAAAGCCAUUACGUUCGAACUACCCUCAACUGCAACUGUACCAACGAUGUUUGUAAGGGAGGCCGUAAAACCUGCGCCCACACUUGCAGAUUUGGGCUCUGACGAUAUUCUAUGUACGAC